ACUAACGAAAAGGUUCCUAAGAGGCAAUUUAUAUUUGGAGCGCCAACAAUUGAUUGGAGCAAAUAUCAUACCACUCCUUCAAAGUAUAAAGCACGUAUAGAUCAAGAGAAAAUGAAAAAUUCCAAGGUUAACUCCAAUUCUUUCUUGGAUCGGGUAAACACACCACCCUCAAGUGAUAAUUCACGACCUGGCUCACCAGAUAUUGUUGAAUUUGUGCACAAGAAAGCUCAAGAACUUGGUUUCAAAGUCCCCUCAAACGCAAUAAAAUCAACGCGUUCUAAGAAAAAAAGGAUUAAUCUAAAUAGCGAUGAUGAAAGCACAUUCACAAUCCCGUCGAGAACGUAUAUAAAUGCGCAAAGGUCAACACCGUCGAAAUCAAAAAAGAAAGAAAUGUCAACUCGGACCGCACCGACUAAAGCACGGAGUUUAAUUUCUAAUUGUUCUACAAGACAAGUUACGAUUACCAAAAACACAAAUUAUUCAAGUAAUCAGAUUAAUUCCAUACAUACGAAUCGGAAGAAUAAUUUAGAAAAGUCAAAUGAGGAGCAGAACUCCGAAGCAGGUAAAAAAUAUCUUUGGAACUAUGACGAGUGCGAUAAGUGUCAACGGCAUUUUAUUGCAAAUCAAUCAUAUUUGAAUUUAUUCAUAAAUUCAGGUAGCCAGCCGGGUACAAAAAUAUUUUGCAAAAAAUUGGCAAAAUAUGGAAUACCUGUUCCUGGACGGAUACCUAGUGUUUCAUCUGCGAAAUCUUCGUCAAAAAAUAUUUUAUCAAAGGAUAAAAAAUCGGGUAGAAUAUCCAAGUCAGAUUCAUCUAAGCUUCCUCCAGAAAAACGACCUCGACGACCACGUGUAUCCGGAAUAGCAUAUAUGGAAGCACGACCUCCACCUACUUUAUAUAUGCCCGAUGAUGAUGAUGAGACUAUCAUAAAGGAAGUAAUGCUGUCAAUGGACAAAUUAGGCAAUGAACCCAAGUGUGAUGGUUGUCGUAUGGAUCCAAUACUUGGUACACGCUUCCUUUGUAUGAAUUGUGAUGAGAGUCGAGAAGUGGAUCUUUGUGAAGACUGUAUGAUCGAGGGAAAAUUUGAGAAUGAGUAUCAUAAAAAAUCACAUCGGUUUUCAGCAAUUGUUAACCCCACAUCGCAACGGGUUAAUAAUCCUGAACAAGCAGACGAAUAUAGUUAUUUAGACACUACGCCUGGGAUCAGCGUUUAA